AAAUUCCCAUUUUCUCUAACAUUCCAUUGUCAAGCUUUCCAAUUCACACAACAAUGGCGAAUCUCGUCUCAAUUUACUUCACUUUCCUCCUCUUCACACUCUCUAAAUUUUCCUUUCUCUCAUCGGCGACCGCCGUGGCCAAGGAUCAGGUCGGCUGUUCCAUGUGCUCAAGUUGUGACAACCCCUGCCAACUCCCUCCUCCGCCACCGCCACCUCCCACGUCACAAUGCCCUCCUCCGCCGCCUCCGCCUCCGCCCUCGUGCAGUACCUGCGUCCACCCUUCUCCGACGCCACCAACCUCUGUCCAGCCGUACCAGCCGGCCGAUGGUGGUCAAUUCCCCGGCCUUGCUCCUCCGCCGCCGCCGAAUCCAAUUUUACCAUAUUAUCCUUACUAUUAUUACAGUCCCCCCACUGCUUCUGGCGAAAGCGUUUCAAUUUCAUGGAAAAUUUUGCCUUUGGGUCUCUUAAUCAUUAUUUGUCUCUGAAGAACUCUGAAUUCUCCAUUGCUGACAGAGAAGAAAUGGGUUGUGCUGAUUAUCAAUUUAUGCCAUAAAUUAUGAUGUAUUAAUCAUUCUUUAUUUUACUUUAUUUUCUUUCAAUCCUGGGUUCGAAUCACUGAAAUAGAUGUUUGUUCCAUUUUUUUUUUUAAUUUUAUUCCAUUUGUGAAACUAUUAGAUAUUUUCAUCAUUAU